CUCUUCUCCGUCGGCAGCCUGCGGGCGCACUGAGACGUACGUUUGAUCGCAGGCCGCGCGCGCGCCGCCGGUGGGCGUGGCUGUUCCGCUGAGUGGGCGUGGCUUUCCAUGGCGCGGUGGCGGAGUCCGCGGAGCCGGAAGCGCUGUCGUUACUCUUGCGUUGGGAGCCGGGGCGCGGAGCUUCCGCCAUGGAGGGCCCCGGGCCUGGGCUCGCCGCGCGGCCGCUCACCGAGGAUGAAAUGGCGGAGGUGAAGAAGGAAGCUUUAGAAAGGAUGCGUCCCUAUUUGUGUGACAAAAUUAUAGCGGAGAGACACUUUGAUUACCUGCGUUCAAAGAAAAUACUCACUAGAGAGGACGCUGAAGAAAUAUCUUGUCGACCCUCAAGUAGGAAGAAAACUGGGAAGUUAUUGGACUACUUAGCAGAAAAUCCAAAGGGACUAGAUACUUUGAUUGAAUCUAUUAGACGAGAAAGAACACAGAACUUCCUGUUAGAAAGGAUAACUGAUGUAGUGUUGAAAGUCAAAAAUGAAAAACUUGAAGCUCUCAAAGGUCUGAGCUGCAGCAGCUGUAUGACUUCAGUGUAUGGAGGAACAAAUAAUCUUUCUAGGUCAUAUUCUGAUGAAUCCAAUUACUAUGAAAAAGUAAAAGAAUCUACCCAUAAUCAACCAGAAGAACAGUUUAGUACAGCUGUUUUUAUGUCUGCUUCAUCUCUUCGUUCAAUGAAUUUACCAAUUGUGGAGAUGGGAAGCACAGAAAACGCAGUCUUCUCAACCACGCUUCCAGGUCCUGGGGAUCCUGGAGCACCCCCUCUUCCACCAGAACUGCAGUCUGAACAACAGGAAGCCAGUGCCAGUUCAAGUGACAAUCGUUUUCUGCCUUUAAGAUCUCGUUCUCUUCUACAACAAUGACUUCGUUGACUCUUUUUCCUGUCUGUUUACUUAAAGGGGGCGAGGGGGAGUGUUGUGAGACUUUUACAUAUCUUUGCAGGUGGCAUACAGAAUGUUUCCAAACUGUUAAAUCACAAAUAGGGGAAAUAGCCUAUAUGAGUUGCCAAAAAAAAAAAAAAAGGUUUAAAAUGGUAAUCAGUUGAUUCUGUAUCUGACAGUUUCUUUAGUUUCUGGAAGUCUUUAGAUGCAACUAGUGCUGUACUUUGUUUGAGUGGGGUUUUUUUUGUUUUUGUUUUAGGAUUUCAUAUUAAUGUUGUCAUUACUUAAAUUUUUCCAGUCAAUGGAACAAAUAUUUAUCCUCCAACAUUAGCAGAUUUUGAUAUUUUUAGCAAGUAGAAGGGAAAAUGGCUAUUACAAAAGAGAACACUUUAAAAGAACUUUCUCAGAAUUUAUCUUUUGUACUACUUCUAAAAGUUUGCCAAGCUAAUCUUUACGUGACAUAGGGUAAAUUCUUCCCUCAAAUUUAUGCACGCACCACUCCCAUUGGGAGGGCAGAAUUUGGCUCUUUGUAGCCAUGCAUUUUUUUUAAAUGCUUAUUGUCAGAUAAUUCUCAAUAUGCUAAUUUUCUGAACCUUGUGCUCUAUUUUCAUCCAAACAUGAAAGGCAGAUACUACACUGAUUAGAGUUCAUACAUGAUAAAUGCAUUUUCACAUACUGUUUUUAAAUAUAAUAUAGAAAUCAUUAGUUUGAGAUGCAUUUGUUUUAAUUUACAUUUAUAUUAAUAGUGGAAAGAAAUGUCAGCUGUUCAGAUCCCAGUAAGGGAGUUGCUCAGUAGCUUAUUUAUAAAAUGCCUUUAUUUAAGUAAGGGCAUGCUUCUGUAAGGAGCAAAAGGUACAGUAUUUAAUGGGUGGACCUAGCAGGAGGAUGUCUUUAACUGAAGUACUCAAGGACAUAUUGCACUGCAGAUACUUAAUUUUUACACUCUACAAUAACACGUUUACAUUGCAAGUGAUUUAGAAUCUAAACCAAGUUUUAACUAUUUUAACAUGGGAAAAGUUCUCAUCUGACAUAGUACAAUAUGUUUAAUCCUUUCAUACUUUCCUUCUCAUUCUAAUUCCCACUUUGUAAGAUUGAAUUUUAGAAGAUUAAGUGUAGAAGUGCAAAAUGACAAAUUUAAAAACUGUAUUACUCAGGAUUAUGUACAGAUGUCUUUACACAGUAUUUUUCUGAAGUUACAUUUUCUGUUUAUUAAACGGUAGACUGGA